CUAAUAUUUAUUCAUGAAUUCAUUCCUUCUUGUAUUUGUAUUUAUUGUGUAAAUCUUUUUGAGGUGAUCAAAAUUUGACAAAGGCGGUCAACGCGAUAAACUCGAGAUCCUUAUCGAGUGGCAGUUGGACUUUCACACACUCCCUCCCAACAUACUCGUUCAUUCGCUCUCCUCUCUCGGAACCCUAGUGAAUCCAAUCUCAUGCCCUAGUUGGUGUCUUCGCGUCUGUUCGUCUCCUCUCCAAUGCCCCUGCAAUCCUCCUCCGCCGUACUUCCAGCCCUCCUCCUAUCGUUAUCGGUAUCGGUGUUGGUACAGGACAAGGGUCAGGCAUAAAAAGAAACCAGACACGGGACGGACAAAUAGUGAUGAUCCUGAACUCGCCAAGUCUCGCUAGAGCGUGCUACAGUGCGUCUUGCAGUAGCCUACGCGCCGGUGCCAGAGAGAGAUUAAUAUCUGCAGUAUCGACAUCGACAUCGGUCCCGGCCCGGCGAUUACGAUUCUUUCAUUCGACGCAUCUGCGCGCUUCGAAUCCGACUUCUCCGGCGCGAAUUAACUACAACGUUGCGGUUUCAUCGUCCGGGAAAGGGAAUCGUUUUCAUCCCCUACGAAAUGCAUACAAUUUCGACCCUGCUGUGCAGGAUAGUCUGGGCUUGACAACCGCCGAGAAGAACCCUUAUCAGAGACGGAAAAAACGCCCGGACAGCGGCGCAGACGCCUUCUUCGUCAGCAAGAUUUCUCACGGCCAACAAACCGAGAAAGACACAAAUGGCGCACUCGCUUUCGCCGUGGCAGACGGCGUAGGCGGCUGGGAAGAACAUCGUGUCGACCCAGGCGACUUCUCCCAUGGUCUAUGCGGGUAUAUGGCUGAAUCAGCACUAUCAUGGCCCUCACCAGCAAACAAAUUGCGCCCUAGACAAAUCCUAGAAAUGGGCUAUGACCGGGUCAUCGGCGACCAAGCCAUCCCCGCCGGCGCCAGUACUGCCCACGUCGGGGUAGCCCUCCCCGACGGCCGCGUCGAGCUAGCCAACCUAGGCGACUCAGGCUCCGUCCUCCUCCGCCGCGCCGCAGUACACCACUACACCCCUUCACAGACCCAUGGCUUCAACACACCCUACCAACUCAGCGUGAUCCCGCAGCGCAUGCGCGCCCAGGCAGCCAUCUUCGGCGGCGCAUAUCUCCAAGACACUCCGCGCGACGCAGCAAUCACGAAUCUACAUAUGCAACACGGCGACGUCCUCAUGCUCGCCACAGAUGGCGUCUUUGAUAACCUCAACAACCAAGAGAUUCUUAAAAUCGUCAACCGCCAGAUGAUCCUCGCAGGCGCAUGGACGGGCACAGCACCAGACUACAGCAUCAAAGUCUCCGAUGACCUUGAGCAGCUCACAAGGCUCGGUGGGUUAACACACCUUCUUCCAGCUAGCGCAGAGGGCGAGGACCAGCGCCCUGCAAUGGAACCGUACACACUGUCUUCGUUCCUGGCUGCUAGUAUCGCUGGGAAUGCAAAGGUCGCUAGUGUGGAUCGGAGACGGGAUGGGCCGUUUGCGAAAGAAUAUCAGCGGUAUUAUCCGUAUGAUCAUUAUCGCGGCGGUAAGGUCGAUGACAUUUGUGUUUUGGUUGUUAUUGCUGUUGAGGAGGGGCGAUACGAUCCACAGCAGCAGAAUGAUUCUUCCUAAAUCUGGUGCAGACUCCAGAGACCUUGGCUUUGACGUUGUAUACUCCUCUUUCUUUUUGUUCUCAUAUGCAUCCUUAUAUGCGCAUGGGCAUAUUCAUACAUACACAGAUGGCAGAAUCACAUUGGACUCACUGGCACUAUAUAUCAACAUUACUUUUCUUGUGGCGGUCAUUGGAUUCAUUCUCAUCAUCAUUGGGACACCGGCAUACAGCACAUUUUUGGUAAUAGAUAGAUCACUAUUAUAGACUAUUGAUAGACAA